UGGAAGGCGUGCAAGCACAAGAUCUUCCAGUAUUCGGCGUCAGGUUAGGUUCUCAUUGCAACGCAUAGCUUUGAAUAGUUACUGUACCUAUCUAUAUUAUUGCUCUUCCCUGGUCUAACUUAUGCUUCCUGAUAUCCAUAGUGGAUGCGGCAAGACUCGGUCCAUGAUUGAGCUGCUCUGUCUACAGUGGGGAUUCUACUUCAACGCGUCAAAGAACGAUCCUGGAUCAGACGACCUCAGCCACCUUACUGAGUUAAUUGACAAAAAAACCUUGGAGGAACAAGAUCCUAGACUCAACACUGUCUUCGCAAGGAACGCAACCCUUGUGCUCUUCUUCUCCCGACUCCUGGUCCUCACAUACUGUCUGCAGAUCCCCAAUUGCCGCCAAAUGUUUUCGAGCGCAAGUUGGGCCGUACUCUAAGUCUGACCUCAAAUGUUCCAGGACAUCUUCUCAAAGCUUUUCAGGGUCCUUUUUGAAAAAGCUGCAUGAACGUGUGCAUUCCAAAUUGGUGCUGAUUGGCGUGGUUCGAGAUGGGUUCCUCUCAGUACAAGAGA